UUGCUCUCAGGCACAGUAGCAGCUGCAGGGCAUUCUUUUCCAGCCUGGACCAGCCAACCGGUCAGUACACUGGGAGAAAAAGCAGACUACUCUUGUGCUUUUUGGAGCGGCAUCUGAUCUUCACCAUAACUAAAGCCCCUCUGUAACGUGUCGAAGGAAAUGUCAGACCCAACAGAGGAACUCUCCAACAAGACCUUCGUGGCCCGGUUGUCCAAUGUUUACCUCAGCAUCUUGGCACUGUUCUGCUUUAAGCUCUUUGUUAAGAUCUCUCUCAACUUGCUGACAUACCUCUACAUUGUCCGCGGGAACCGCAAAGAGGCUGCCAGGAUAUCAGCAGAGUUCUAUGAUUAUGGUCAAAAACACAGAUCCUGGGCGGACCGCUCACCCCUCCACGAUGCAGCGAGUCAGGGCCGCCUCCUGGCCUUGAAGACCCUUAUUUUACAGGGUCACAGUGUGAAUGUUCUGACUAUAGACCAUGUGACACCCCUUCACGAGGCCUGUGUCGGAGACCAUGUCGCUUGUGCCAGAGCUCUGAUUGAUGCUGGAGCAAAUGUCAAUGCUUCUACAAUUGAUGGAGUCACCCCUCUGUUCAACGCCUGUACAUUGGGCAGUGUGGUAUGCACUGAAAUUCUUUUGGAAAAUGGAGCAAAACCCCAGAACCUUGCAUACCAUCCAUCACCAAUCCAUGAAGCUACGAGCAAAGGUCAUUACGGUUGUGUGGAGGCUCUGGUGACUUGGGGGGCAGAUGUGGACAUGGACAUUCCUCACCUGGGCACAGCGCUCUACACAGCCUGCGUCUGCCAAGAGCUGGAGUGUGCCAGGAAACUUUUGAGGGAAGGUGCAAGUGUACAGAAAGGCAAAUACCUGGAUUCACCCUUACAUGCAGCUGCAGAAAAAGACUGCACAGCUGUAGUGAAGCUGCUGCUGGACUUUGGUGCAGACAUUAAUGCCAGGAACACAGAGUUUCAGAGGCCAGUAGACGUGGCUCCACCCAGCAGUCUAACAGAGGGUUUCCUACUGAUAUAUGAAGUUACACCACGACGGCUGAGCCAGCUGUGCCGUCAGUGCAUCAGGAGUUGCGUCGGCCGUGACAGACUCCACCUUCUCUCCCACCUUCGCCUGCCCAACAGGCUAAGGAACUACCUGCAGUACCAAUGAGAGACAGAACAACCAAACUGCCCGCCUAAAUGGGACUUACAGAAAUAAGCCUUUGUCACCAAGAGCUAAUCAACUCCUUGAAGUCUUCCUUCCUUCAAUUGUGGCUACCAGUCAAUUAAGUGACUCAGUAGCUGCUGAGUAUCUGUCAGUACCAAGCUGUGUUGAGCUGGCCUGCAUCCCAUUACUAUUGUGAACCUGGAUGAAUGUUCACGGCUUAGCCUUCCCUGGAUAAAUUGUCAUUGAAAAAUAUAAUAAAUACAAUAUUAUUUGCAAUUCAGGUUUGUGUAGUUAGAAGCCUUAAUAGUUGCAAUAUACCAAAGAGUGAUGCACUUUCAAAGCUUUGAGAUUAUAAUGUCAUAUAAAUGCAGUAUAAUAUACAGUAUGUGGACGUGUACUCAUAGUUUUGCAUUUGAUAUAUAAUGUAUUGCGCACGACUAUAUGAUUAAAAUUGUUUUGAAUC